UAACCUGGUGGGAACGAUGUCGUGAAGGAAGUGGGCUGCCGCGUCCCACACGUCGGAGGCGUUUCCGGUCAAAGUUUCCUUUGUGAUUCUGAAGUGGCAGCGGGAUGUAGGAGCGUCCAUCCUCGGACACAACAUAUAAUUGGCAACAGUGAUACAUCUGACAUGGCAGCUCUCCCCUUAAGCGUGUGGUAACUCUGGUCACUCUGUUACCAUGGCAGCAGUUGACUUACUCAAGGUGAACGAGCCAAACCCCAGCACUAUGAAAGUUAGUGGGUGCUCUGGCUCAGCCCCGAGCCCUCAGAGCGAGGCGGUGACCAACGAGCUUCAGGAACUCUCACUUCAGCCAGCUCCAAACGUUCUGCCUCUGCAGGAGCGCAAGAAUGUCCUCCAGCUCAAGCUUCAGCAGAGACGCACACGAGAGGAGCUCGUCAGUCAAGGGAUCAUGCCACCUCUGAAGAGCCCUGCAGCUUUUCACGAACAGCGGAAGAGUCUGGAGCGAGCGAGGACUGAGGACUACCUCAAGAGGAAGAUCCGGUGUCGUCCGGAGCGCUCUGAGCUGGUCAGGAUGCACAUUCUAGAGGAGACGUCUGCAGAGCCAUCUCUGCAGGCCAAGCAGCUGAAGCUGAAAAGAGCACGACUGGCUGACGACCUCAACGACAAGAUCUCUCACAGACCAGGUCCAAUCGAACUGGUCCACAAGAACAUCCUGUCUGUCAGCUGCUCUCUGCAGCACUCACCUCUGGACUCCCCAAAAGGAGCUGGGGGGGAGAGCUCAUCUCUGGAUGAGGACAGCAGCGAUGCUCUGUCACCUGAACAGCUGACCAAUCAUGACUCCCCCCUGAAUGCCGUUGCUCACCUUUCCCCCUCCGAUGGGCUCACCCACAACGGAGACAUCUCCCCCACGCAGUUUCUUACACAGCUCCCUCCUCCUCGUCCUCCUCCACCACCUCCUCUGGUGAACUUGUCUGAAUCCUCUUCCCUCCCAAAAAUACCCAGUGGGACAUCUCUGGCCUCUGCUUCCCCCCGCCCCUCCUCCGGACACAUCAAGUCUCAGUCUAAGACGAGUUCAGACCGCCCCCCACAGAGACCUAAGAAACUAAAGGACAACAAGCCCAAGGUGAAAAAGCUCAAGUACCAUCAAUACAUCCCUCCAGACCAGAAGGCCGACAAGGAGCGACCGCCUCAGAUGGAUUCAUCCUACGCCAAGCUGCUCCAUCAGCAGCAGCUCUUCUUGCAGCUGCAGAUCCUCAGUCAGCAGCAGCAGCACUAUAACUACCACACGAUCCUGCCCGCCCCGCCCAAGCCACAAACUGAGAAGACUCCCACCACCAGCUCGGGCCCCUCCCCCUCUCGCAGUGCUCACACCACAACCACCACACUCCCCUCUGGUCAGAGCUCCACUGCUCGUCAGAACCAGUCUGCAGUGAGCGGAGCCAAACCAGCAACUCUGCCGGCCAAUCUGGACGAGUUCAAAGUUGCUGAGCUGAAACAAGAGCUGAAACUGCGAGGGUUGACAGUCUCCGGCACUAAGAAUGAUCUCCUCGAUAGGCUCCGGAACUACCAGGAACAAAACGGUGGCAGCUCAGUUCUGAAGAUGGGACUGUCCCAGUCCAGCCAGCAGGGCUCCACUUCAGCUGCCAGCCUCAACACACUGUCUCCAAACGCCUCUUUCACAUCUGAACAGCUGUCGACAGACGGUGGGCUCAAGUUAGCUCUGUCCUCAUUAGCUCGGGCGGUUCCAGGACGGGUCAUGAGAUUUGGCAGCACCAGCUCCAGUCCUCCUGUGUCACCCACUCCAUCCGAGCGGUCAUUGGCCGGGCUGAGUCCAGACGAGGCGAGUUGUAACGGAGACAUGUUUGGGGAGAUGGUGAGUUCUCCCCUCACCCAGCUGACCCUUCAUCCCUCUCCUCAGCACCCAUCACACCUGGCUUCGCUCUCUCAGCCCUUCUCUGUAGUUAAAGAAGAGAUCCAGAGCUCCUGCAGCCUGUCUAGGUCUACAUCUGGAUCUUUGCAGUCCAAAGAAUCCCUGUCUGGAGACGCCAUGGACACGUCAUCCAUGGACAAAGACCAGAUGCUCCAGGAGAAGGACAAACAAAUUGAAGAGUUGACCAGGAUGCUGAGGCAGAAGCAGCAGCUGGUGGAGACCCUGAGGUCUCAGCUGGAGCAAGGCAAGGUGGCUGCAGGUGUAGUAGUGAAGAAGGAAGGAAAAGAGCCAAGCAGACCAUCGCCUGAGGUUAAACUCCAGCCUCUGAUAAAAGCUUCAGACAUUCAGCCCCCCAUGCUCACUAAUGGCAUGGUGCUGACGGUGAAGGAGGAAGUGGAGCCCAAGAAAGAGAUGGAGGAAGUAACAAAGGAGACUGGAGGGAAGACGCCCAGCCAGCCAAUGCAGUGCUCUCAGGAGACUCUGCUGAGGCUGCAGCAGAUCCACCGGCUACAGCUGCAAGCCGAGCACCAGAAACAGCAGCAGCAGAGUCCGGUGCAGCUGCAGAGAAGCCCCGAGGCUAAAGUCGGCUCCCCACGACGACAACAAGACCAGAAAAAGGAGGCCCAGAUCCUCCUCCAGCAGCAGCAGCAGCUGCAGCAGCUCAUCAUCCAGCAAACCCAGCAGAAACUCUCACAGCACAAGCGGCUGCAGCUAAACCAGCUGAAACUAAGCCAGCAGGAGGCUCAAGCUCAGCAGAAGAACCAGGUUCAGCCGAAGCAGGCUCAGAACCAGAGGUCCACACUCAGCCACAGCCAGCAGAGGAAGCAGCAGAGGACUCAGCAGAGGCAGCAGCAGAAACAGACUGCAGCAGGCUCCUUUCAACUGGUGACUCCAGUCACCAUCGACCAACACAACAGCACUUCACUUCACACUCGGGCCAUUUCAUUAGACCUCAAGGCAAACGGCACCCCCACACUGGUCACAGACAACAACGGCAACCACUACUUGAUUGCUCUGACCAGUCACGCUGCAGAUAGACCCAAUGGAGUGACCUCAUUCUCUAAACUCAACGGACGCAUCACACUGCAGAGAUUACUGUCCACUCCAAGUAAACUCCCGAGCACCGAGGACAAGUCCAAAGAGCAGCCAGAGGCCGAGCCUUUGAGCCAACCAGAGAGGAAGGGACAGAAGGCUGAGCUGCAGCUGGACACCAGUGGCGUCCCAGUACCAAGUCUGUCCCACACCGCUCCACCUAACCUGCAGCCUUUCUUUGACGACAUGUCAGACACUGACAGUCAAACCAUCCUGAUGUCAUCUCUCAAGAGAGAGGAAGUGUGUCCUCCUUACGACCGGCACACACUCUUCACCCCUCCCUCUCCUAAACCCAACAUUUCCUUCCCUCCUCAGCGCUCCAAAGAAAACGGUGUGAACAACCAGCAGAUGGAUGAUCUAUUUGACAUCCUGCUCAGGAGUGGAGAAAUCCCUGGUUUCAAAGCCACCCCUGACCCCUCCCUCACCCCUCUACACUCUGACCCACACUCACCGUCUUCUGCCCCGUCCCCACUCCACCUGUCCUCUCCCACCCCCACAGAACCGCUGGUCUCCUCCCAGCAUUCUGCCAGAGAACCCUGCAGGGGCAGUGGGCGUCUGGAGGACUUCCUGGAGAGCACCACGGGCACGCCACUGCUGGGCAUGGAGCCUGACGGUGGCCUGACGCUGAUCGAUGACCUCCACAGCCAGAUGCUGAGCACCCCCAGCAUCCUGGACCAUCCUCCCUCCCCCAUGGACACAUCUGACCUGGGCUUCUCCCCUCCCUCUGCGGGGCUGGACUUUGGCGUCCCCUCCUUGGACAGCAUGGACUGGCUUGAUAUUUCCAUGGGGACUGAAGGUGUUGGCAGUGAGAGCGGCGGAGGCAGGAGGGGAGGAAGCAUAGCUGGUGAACGAGAUGGAGGGACGAGUUUAGCCCCGCUGGCGCCGCACACCCCCCCGAGUGUGUUCUCAGCUGAUUUCCUGGACAGCACAGAUCUGCAGCUGCACUGGGAGUCGUGCCUGUAGCUGCAGACGAACCUGUUGUCACUCACUGUGUACAGGCUUCGGCUUUACUUCAUACACUUUUACAUGCUGUCUACCACUGCAGGGGCACUGACACACACACACACACACACAAAUAAUUAGCUUCUGUUCAUGUCUGCAGCUGAGGGGACGUAAGCAACAAAAACACUGCAGCUGGUGAAGCUUUGUGUUGUGAUUCUGCAGGGCUUCGAGCAGCAGGUGAAUCAAACCCUCUUCUUGUGCCUGGACCUGCACUGAACAAUCAGAACCAGGACCGAUCCAGAAGAGGGGCUCAGGCUCUCUAAUAUGACCGUGUGUGUCAGUGCCUCCCAAACUUUGCACUUAUUGCUGAAUCUGAUUGGCUUGAAGGAGAUGAUGAGAUCAGCAGCUGAAUCUUAGACUGGUUGUGUUCUGAUGAUCCCACUGAUGAGAUGGAAAUAAAGGCAGCCUGAAGCCCACCUCACCAGUCAACAAUGGUCACUGCUGUAGAAAUGAACCAUAUCAGCAGCAAUGGUUUGAAAUGACGCCUCCUUGGAGGCUGUGUAUUUUUGCUAACAUGACGGUAAACCACUAUGUAUUGCUGUAUAUGGGGUGUAUAUUAUCAACUGUCCAUAAGACUUAUUUUUUCUUUGCUGAUUGCUUUAGCGUGGAGCUACCCGGCUGAGGGGCCUGAAGUGGGGCCGGGGCUUCUAAAACAUCUGGUCCUUUUUAAAAAAAAUAAAAAUACAAUAAA